UAUAAAGUAUUGAACGCUGAAAAUUUCUGCGUGCGCGCACUGUCCGACUGUUUAUUUUCAUCUUCCCUCCCCUCCUCCCCGCGGGCGAUGCAGCUUCCGCUGAAAGCUCUAAGUUCCCAGAAGUUUGUUUUCACUCUAGUUCGAAAAUUCCUCCAUCUUUACUCCCUUUUAUUUUGAUACCUUAUCUCAACAGUCCGUUGGGGGGUUAAGUGUUUUAUCAUGUCCUAAUGUAAGAGUGUCUUUCACUGUUUUUCGACGGCUUUUUGUUCCUUAUUUUUUUUUGUUUUCAAAUAUCUUUAUUAUGCGAACACUCUGGCUAAUCUAGGAGAAAGUAAGCAAGAUUUGGAUGCUCAGGAUAUCAAAGAUGUUCAACUUGCUUUUCAAACAUCUAUCGGACAAACCAAUGGCAACACGACGGUUUACAUGUAUGGAGCUGCGGAUGAGGGAGGCGUAACUCUACAGCUGAGGGAUGUUGAUGACCUAGACUCCAAGAGCAGUCUUGCGUCUGUUCUCGCUCAACUGCAGGAAGAGGAUGCGGCUGCUCUUAGCAUCAGUUACACUGACGACAGUUUGGCCAAUGUUCUCCUCGAUUCCAACUUCCCGUCAAGUAUUCCAUCAACUGUAGGAGCUUCCAUUGAUACUUCUACAUUGGAUUUGUUUGACUCAGAAAAUGCUCAGGACUUGACUCUUUCUCCUCAAACAUUCACCAGCUCAACAGAAGCAUUUAUUAAUAACAACUCAGACUGUCUCACCGACAGUGCAGAAGACUCAACAGGAGCUUCAGACGCAAGUCGUCUUGUUGUAAUCAAAUCGAGGCCAAAAGCCUCGUCUCCGAACAGGCAAGGGCCUCAGCAAUGCCAGGUUUGUGGGAAAGUUUUUGGUAACGCAUCUGCCCUUGCCAAGCAUAGACUGACCCACAGUGAUGAGCGGAAAUAUGUCUGUAGCAUGUGUACAAAAGCGUUUAAGCGGCAGGAUCAUUUGAACGGGCACAUGCUAACACACCGCAGCAAAAAACCAUACGAGUGCAAAGCAGAUGGUUGCGGGAAAUCAUAUUGCGAUGCACGCUCUUUACGUCGCCACACUGAGAACCACCAUUCAUGUUCAAAUUCCUCCACACCAACCUCUCCCGAUGCCCAAUCGUCUUUCUCAUCCUGCAUACAGUUUGCGCCUCCACCCCCCACGCCACCGCCCGCCUCAACCCCUCCUCUCACACCCCUCUCACCGUCCGUUCCUGUCAAUGCUCCUCCACCCCCCUUGAAAGCGCCCAGCCAGCUCCAGCAACUCUUGGCCAGUGAGCCAAUCUCCAGUUCCUCCAUCAAAUCUAUUUCUGUCAGCGAUUUAGAUCCAAAACCAGCUGUGAGUAGCGCCUCUGCGUCUUCUACUCCUUCCAGUGGGAGCUCUUCUGCUGAUAAUUCCACCAGCACAACCCCACCCUCCAAGACUGAUCCUAAACCUGUCGAAUGUAAUCUAUGUCAUCGGUCAUUCAAAAAUUUUCCAGCGCUGAAUGGACAUAUGCGCUUGCAUGGCGGAUAUUUCAAGAAGGAUUCUGAUUGUAAAAAGUCAGAGAAACGAGAAUCAUCUGGGCCUCCGCUUCAAACAGCCAGCAUCAGUGUUCGUGCACUCAUCGAAGAGAAGAUUAUUCAAAAGAGGAAUACAAACCCUGCGCUCUCUUUACAGAAUCAGACAAAUGUUUCCACUUCCAGUUCUGAGUCGGUCAAAUUCAUUAGCUCCACACAAUCAAGUAUAUCGAAAUCUAGUCAAUCAAACGACAAAGGAUCGUCGUCAUUUAUCAUAUCAGUCGCUCCGUCCCAACAAGAUCAAACACAAGCAACACAGAAGGCGUGGAAAACCAAUUUCACCCCUCUUGUAUUGACGUCGCCAAAAGAAAAAAGUGCCAAAGAUCAGAGUUCCUCCUCAAAUGCUCAAAAUAGAAAACUAAAAAGGGAAUCCUCUGAUCCUUCUUCGCCUCGUGAUCCGCCAAAACUAAUUAAAUUACCUGAAAAAAAUCUGAUACGCAUAAAAAAUGGAUCGCUUCCGCAGUUCACUUCCAACGGUGGUGUUUCUGAGCUGGCCAACGCUGACGGUUUUUCGCACAAAACUUUCCUCCUCCAAGACAUCAACUCUUUUCAGCAGCAGUUGAACAAUGCAACACCACAGGAAACUAUUUCUAAUACAAUUCCAGAUUCCAAGAACAACAACCACCAAAACAAAGAAAUCCAAUCUCUCCUGAAAACGAUUCUGCCCGUCAGCCUCUCAGAUCUGCUCUUCCAGUCGAAUCCGACUAAAAAAUCAGACGUUGUGUCGCCUGCUUCCUCAUGCUCAACAAUUAAUCAGACUGUGAACUCCAUGACAAUCAGCGCAUCAGAGUCUAGCGCUGUCAGUGUGCCUUCAAUGAAUUCCAUGACAAUCCAUGCCCCAACGGUUGUUCGACCGGGUCUCCAGCAAAAUCCUGCUCAGGUUGUGACAGUUGAUUCCCUGCAAAAUGUUGUGUGCUUCCCGCCUUCCUCUGUGCCAACCCCUUUAUCCGCUUCUUCCAUAACUGUGCCACUAUCGUCCAUCAUUGCUCCGUUCUCCAAUCAGAGUCUCCAAUCGCAACUGAUGACAAACUCGGAUGAUCCACUCCUAUCGAGCUGCCCAAAGGAUUUCUCUUCGCGGAAGCGCUUUGAUCUCCAAACGCUCAAACUCCUCAGCAACGGCAAAAUGGAUAUCCUUUCGAGCAAUGCUCAAAAUCUAGCCGAGGUCCUUCUCAAUUGCAACUGCGAGGUCAAGUUCAUUCAAGUUGGCUCGAGUUUCAAGUCAAUCAAAGACUUGACCAAGACAUCAGCGGUUGUCGUUAAAACUGAAAACGCAACAAGUCAAGAAAUCAAGACUGAAGACGCGAAAGUUGGUACGCGAGAUGUCAAGUUAUGCUCCUUACUUGACGGAACCAGCUCUAUCUUCAACGGAAAUCAGCAGAGCUUAGACUCUCCAUUGCCCUCUCCAACCAAUAAAUCACCAUUCACCUACACACCAUAUCCAAUUUUGAAUUCUGCCUUGAACGGAACCCGCGUCUACUCCCAUUCAUCACCGUGGCCAAACUUGAGACACAAAGGGGGAUCUAAUGGGCAAAUUGAAGCUGAGAAGCCUGCGAUGACACCGCAUAUAAAUGUUGGAUUCCAAUUUCAAGCAGAAGUACCACCGGUCGAGUUGAUUCCUGACAAAUUCAGUGACAAAGAUGCGUUUGAUGUCCUGCUGUGGGAUCCUUACAUCAAUGAAAUAAUCUCAAAUAAAGAAUUGGAUAUGUUCCUUGAAUUUGCAUGUUGUGCUUGCAUACAGGGUGGAGGCAGGAAUAAAGAAUGUGCAUUGCAUAUUCUUUACUUAUGUCAUGGAAACAUUCAAGAGGCAAUGCUCAAACUGAUGCAGCCCACUGCAUCUCUCUUCUCUUGCUAUCCUUUCAUGACGCAAAUCAAAUAUCCGGAUGACGAGCGAUGGACAUCAUUCGAAAUCGACCUUUUCCACCGAGCAAUAACCCUCCACAAAAAAGAUUUCCCUGCAGUUUCAAAAUUGGUUGGAUCCAAAAGCGUGAAGCAAUGCAUUCAGUUCUAUUACAUGUGGAAGAAGUCCUGCGCUCAAGAGUACAGAAAACUGAAGCUGGAAUCGCACAAAAAUGGAAACUCUGAGAAUGAUGUCGUGGAGAUCAAAGUUGAGCCGGAGACUCUGCAUGUGGUUCUGUAAUAAUUGUGAAUUGCUGUUUGUGAAUAACUGAACCUUCUCAAGAAUUCUUCCAAGUGCUUUUUCUAAAAUUGUAGAGUUCUAGAUUAUAUUUGUCUUCUCAAAGUCUUUUGAAUUUGUUGUUAUAAGACUUUUUGUUGUUUCAUUGUGACUUCUGUGUUUUUAGAGAUGUUAAAAAAGUUCUAGGUCCUAAGCUUACUUAAUCUUCCUUUCGAUGUCUUUAUUGCAAUAUUUUUGGAAUCAAUCAUAGUGAUGAUAAAAUACCGGCAAUUUAUUUUGUAAUGAAUUAAUGUAAGGCAGUUUUAACUCCCCUUUUGGAAGUAUGCUUUACUUUUUUUGACUCUUUUUCAAUGAAUCGUUCACUUGGCUCACUUUAUGAACGUGAAAAACUACACUUUGAAAAAUAGUAUCCUUUAGAUUUUUCUCUAGUCUUCACAGUGUGGUUUCAUCAUGUUUACUUGUUAUUUUUUUCGUCUUAAGAUAAUUUAUGAAAUGAUUUGAAUCAGUGUUGUGAACUUUUAUGUUAGAUGCUUGUUUGAUCAAAAGUGCAGUCGAAAGGAUCUGUAAGAGAAUUCCUCUGGGAAUGAGCCCCGUAAGCUCUCAAGCAUAAUUAAAUAAUUUACUUGGCAAGGCAUGUCAAUGGUGAAAAUUUGAAACCAUUUUCCUUGGUUUGCAACAAUCCAGAUUUCUUGUGAUAUUUUACGCCUUUGAAAGAUACUUUAUCAUCAGUAUUGCUGAAAUAUUUACAGUAUAUAUAAUAAUAAUACAAAAUUUAUUCACAAAUACUCGCUGAUAACCAUAUAUAUUAUUGUUUAUAAAUGAUUUUCCUUCGUCCUUUGUGAAUAACCUCCGAAAAUUUUGCAUGAAAAUUUCAAUUUUAAUACUUUGAAGUAAAUCUACACUAGAAGCAAACAAGCACUGAGAUAUGAAACACUUUUUUUUUUAAAUUACUGUUCUCAUUUUGAAGUUUCAGCAAUAAAAACGGAUUAAUUGCGCCAAGAGGCAUAUUUAAGCCGAUACCUUGAAAAAAAAAAAUCAUUUUUAUAACUCUAAAGUAAAAAUUAAAGUAUACAAACACUACACAUUGCAUUCAAUGAGUAAAAUUGAACGGGUAACUCUCCACACCUGUCCCUGAAUGUGCGUCACUGCUAUCAACUAAAGCUAAAAUAAAUAUUAGCGUGAGAAAUUUCUGAACCUUUCGGCUGUACUACUGUGCUUUACUAUCAUUGUUUCAUUGUUCUCAGUAUUUACGUACUUCUUUAUUUUAUUACCAGUUAUUUUGUUUUUUAUUUUGUUUUGUUUUUUAAAAGCUUUAAGUAAAUAAUUUACUGUAGAUAAUUUAUCAAAACCUGUUUACAUACCA